AUGGCAUCCAACCUUACUGCUAUCGUGACCGGAUCAGCGCGCGGAAUAGGAAGAGCAAUAGCUCUCCGUCUCGCCCGGGAAGGCUACUCGGUCUGCAUCAAUGAUAUCCCCAGCGCCUCUGCCGAAAUCAACGCGCUCGUCAACGAAAUCAACAAAACCACACCGAGUGUUUCCAGUAAACAACCUCGUGCAAUCGGUAUCACUGCAGAUGUGAGUUCUUCCGCACAGGUCACCGACAUGGUCACCGAAACGGUGUCCCGGCUCGGUCCUCUUACGCUCAUGAUUGCCAAUGCCGGCAUCGCCCCGGCGCAACCCAUUCUCUCCGUAACUGAAGAAGACAUCGACAGCAUUUUCAACGUGAAUUUCAAAGGGACAUUUAAUUGCUACUCGCAGGCCGCUCGGCAGAUGAUACGGCAGGGUGAUCCCGAGACAUGUGCGGGUAUCAACCGGUAUAAGAUUGUCGGGUGCGCGUCGAUUGCUGGAUUCAAGGGCCUGCCUACACUGGGGAUUUACUCUGCGAGUAAGUUCGCAGUCAGAGGGCUCACGCAUUCUUUGGCGGCAGAGAUGGCGAGGCAUAAGAUCACGGUGAACGCCUAUGCGCCGGGGAUUGUGGGCACUGCGAUGUGGGACGAGCUGGACGAGGCAAUAGGACAGGUCGAAGGGAGAGCGAAAGGGGAGAGUCUCAAGUUGUACAGCAAGGAUAUUGCGCUGGGAAGAACGGGGACUCCGGAGGAUGUGGCUGGACUUGUUGGUGGCUUCUUGGCUAGUAAGGACUCGGAUUAUGUGACGGGGCAGACGAUGAAAUGCCGCUCUCACGAAGUGCGAGUCCAAGUGGCAUAUUGUGGGAUUUGUGGUACCGACAUUCAUGAAUACCUCGGGGGUCCCAUAUUGGCCCCGAAACCGCAGCAAACGCAUCCCCACACUGGAGCAUCCCUACCUAUUGUGUUGGGCCAUGAGAUGUCCGGCACAAUUUCUGAGCUCGGUGAAAAUGUCAAGGGCCUGUCUCUUGGCCAGAAAGUCGUUGUUAACCCUUCGCUUGGUGAUUCUCAGUAUGGGACGGACCCCUGUGUCUCGUGUCAAGCCGGUCGUCCCAACACGUGCAGCCAGGCUACCUUUUAUGGACUGAGUGCUCCGGGCGGUGGAUUUGCCAACGAGAUCACGGUGCAUCAAGCUAAUAUUAUGCCCGUUCCCGAAAACGUACCUCUGAAGCUGGCGGCACUGGCCGAACCUCUGGCUGUCGCUUGGCAUAUGGUGCGCGUAUCAGGCUUUGUCAAGGGUCAGAAUGUUUUGAUCCUUGGUGCUGGUCCAAUUGGACUUGCGCUGUUAAUGAUAUUGAAGGCCAAGGGGGCCGGGAAAGUUAUUGUUAGCGAGGUGUCUUCGAUGAGAAUGCAGUACGCCCAGCAGUUAGGGGCUGACAAGGUGGUGAACCCCAUGGGUGGAAGCGCCGAUACUCCUGAUCCAGUGAUGGCAACAGUGCGGGAGCUGACAGGCGAGGGUGUUGACAUCUCUUAUGAAGCAUCUGGUCUUCAAGCCACUCUUGAUACUGCUAUUGCAGCUGUAAUGCCAGGAGGGGUUAUCUUCAAUGUUGCAGUGCAUGAGAAGCGACUACAAGUGAACAUAAAUGACCUUGUGCUCACGGAGAAGAAAAUGACUGGCGGUAUAUCCUAUACAUCGGAGGAUUUCCAAGGUGUUUUGGAACUUUUGGCUUCAGGGACAAUCCCGGCGGAAAAACUGAUUUCGUCUGUCGUGCCUCUUGCGAAUAUCAUCGAAGAUGGAUUUCAGGAGCUGAUAAACAACAAGACCAAGCAUGUCAAGAUACUUGUUCAGGCGAACAGAGAUUUAGAGGAUUAA